AAACCCUUCAGUUGUGUGGUUUGACGGGAACGGAGCACACGGCGCAGCAAACUGUGUAUUAUAUUAAGAUAUUUUAAAGUACAAUAAAUAAUCACAGAAAAUGGCAACCGACGUCGUAGAUGACCUGGAGAUGAGGGAGGCUCAGAGGGACUACCUGGACUUCCUGGACGACGAUCAAGACCAGGGAAUAUAUCAAAGCAAAGUCCGGGACAUGAUCAGCGAGAACAAAGCUCGACUCAUCGUCAACAUCAACGACCUGAGGAGACGCAACGAGGCCCGAGCUGCAAAGCUGAUGAACAACGCCUUCGAGGAGCUGCUGGCGUUCCAGCGGGCUCUGAAGGACCUGGUGGCCUCGGUGGACGCCACCUACGCCAAACAGUACGAGGAGUUCUUCGUAGGCUUGGAGGGCAGCUUCGGCACCAAGCACGUCACCCCCCGAACCCUGACCUCCCGACUGCUGGGCAGCAUGGUCUGCGUGGAGGGCAUCAUCACUAAAUGUUCUCUGGUGCGUCCCAAAGUGGUGCGCAGCGUCCACUACUGUCCAGCCACCAAGAAGACGAUGGAGAGGAAGUACACAGAUAUGACUUCCUUGGACGCUUUCCCUUCCAGUGCCAUCUACCCCACCAAGGACGAGGAGAACAACCCUCUGGAGACAGAGUUCGGUCUGUCCAUCUACAAGGACCACCAGACCAUCACAGUGCAGGAGAUGCCUGAGAAAGCCCCCGCCGGCCAGCUGCCUCGCUCUGUUGACAUCAUCCUGGACAACGACCUGGUGGACGUGGUCAAACCGGGAGACAGAGUGCAGGUCAUAGGGACGUACCGCUGCCUGCCGGGCAAGAAGGGAGGGUUCACCUCCGGGACGUUCAGGACUAUCAUGAUCGCUUGCAACGUCAAACAGAUGAGCAAGGAAGUGUCCGCCUUCUUCUCUGCCGACGACGUGGCCAAGAUUAGAAAAUUCAGCCAGACUCGCUCCAUCAACGUGUUCGAUCAGCUGGCUCGCUCCCUGGCUCCCAGUAUCCACGGCCAUGAGUACAUCAAGAAGGCCAUCCUCUGCAUGCUUCUGGGCGGCGUGGAGAAGGUGCUGGAAAACGGCUCGCGCAUCAGAGGAGACAUCAACAUCCUGCUCAUCGGUGAUCCGUCGGUAGCCAAGUCCCAGCUGCUGCGUUACGUUCUCCACACAGCACCCAGAGCCAUCCCCACCACCGGACGAGGCUCCUCUGGAGUCGGUCUGACUGCUGCGGUCACCACCGAUCAGGAGACGGGCGAGCGUCGUCUGGAGGCGGGCGCCAUGGUGCUGGCCGACCGCGGCGUCGUGUGCAUCGACGAGUUCGACAAGAUGUCCGACAUGGACCGCACGGCCAUCCACGAGGUGAUGGAGCAGGGCCGCGUCACCAUCGCCAAGGCGGGCAUCCACGCCCGCCUCAACGCCCGCUGCUCCGUGCUGGCGGCCGCCAACCCCGUCUACGGCAGGUACGACCAGUAUAAAACCCCCAUGGAGAACAUCGGCCUCCAGGACUCCCUGCUGUCGCGUUUCGACCUCCUCUUCAUCGUGCUGGAUCAGAUGGACCCCGAGCAGGACCGGGAGAUCUCAGACCACGUACUGAGGAUGCACCGCUACCGUGACCCCCGCGAGCAGGAGGGAGCAGCCAUGACUCUGGGCGGGAGCGUGGACGUCCUGGCUACAGAAGACCCAGACGCAGUAGCAGAAGAGCAGGAGGAGCUGCAGAUCUACGAGAAACACAACAACCUGCUGCACGGAAGCAAGAGAAAGAAGGAGAAGAUUGUGAGCAAGGAGUUCAUGAGGAAGUACAUCCGCAUCGCCAAGGCUGUGACACCUGUGCUGACGGAGGAGGCGGCCAAUCACAUCGCGGAAGAGUACUCGAGGCUGAGGAGCCAGGAGCAGCUCGGCACAGAUAUCGCCAGGACCUCCCCAGUGACGGCCCGUACGCUAGAGACCCUGAUCCGUCUGUCCACGGCUCACGCCAAGGCCCGCAUGAGCAAAGCCGUGGAGCUGGAGGACUCGGAGGUCGCCGUGGAGCUCGUCCAGUUCGCCUACUUUAAAAAGGUUCUGGAGAAAGAGAAGAAACGUGCGAGACAGGAGCGGGACUCGGGGUCAGAGGAGGAAGAGGAUGAGGAGACGUCCACGCAGCGUUCACAGAGAACUCAGAAGAAGAGGGUGCGCCGUGGCUCUCAGGGCAGCGAGCCGUACAGCCCCUACGACUUCAGUGAAGAGCAGGACGUCCCUGAAAUUCAGGCCGGCACCCCGAAACCAGCGAAGCCACAGCGGGAGGCAGAGGAGCCGAUGGAGGCCACCUCACAGCCUGAAGGCACCGAGCUCUCUGCAGACAGGCUGAAGGAGUUCAAGUCCUCCUUGUUCACCGUCUUCCAGUCCGCUCACGCUCAGUCGGUGAAGAUGAUGAACCUCAUGGAAAACAUCAACAAAGAGCGCGAGAAUCGUUUCACAGAGCCAGAGGUCCGCAUCGCUUUGACUCGCAUGCAGGACGACAACCAGGUCAUGGUGGCCGACGACAUCAUCUUCCUCAUCUAAGGGAGGAAGAGGAGGAUGAAAUCGAUUACAUGGACUUGAAAUCAACCGGACGACAGAGGGAGCAACCGUGUUCUUCUUCUUCUUUUGCUGUUUCACCUCAAGAAGGUGCUUCUAUGUUUGUGAAGGUCUCUGUCACAGGGUUUAGUAGCUGUGGGUCUGCAGAGAGAUUCAGUACUCGAGGAAGCUGGGGCGUUGCUUUUUUUUGCUGGUGGCGGCUUGAGACCUGGUGUAAAGAGAAGAAACGGCGAUAUCAAAAUGUACAUUUAAUAUGUUUCUCCAGAUGUUUGAUACCCCCUUUUUUUUUUUCUCUUGUUUUCAUGCCUCCACUGUCUUUCCAACUCGUGUAUUCUCCCAAAAUGACUCUUUAACCUAUAAUCUACAAUUCCACACAUGAAGCACCAAGAAGUUGCUCCAUCAACCAGUGCAAAAAGAUGAAGUCUUACUCAGUUAUGCACUUGUGUUUGUUUCUGUUCAAUAGUGGUGAUGUUACUUUAAUGUGUCCUUAUUGCAUCAACAGGCUGCUAUUGUGAAAGCAUACAGUAGGAGUGUAACUGCAUCCUGGUGCAGAUACAGCAGUGAAACAUGUAUAGAAUAAGGACAUAAGCGUCUGUCGUCUGGAUUUGUAAAUAGCUGAAGACAAGUUAUGAAAUUGUUAAUUAAAUGUAGUUUGUAUAAAAAAAAUAAUAAAUUGCUUGAGUAUUA